UUGAAAAUUCGAGAUCUAUAUACAUCUUCGGCGGUUGUUUAUCACUCAAGGCGCCUGUAGCUCAGUGGAUAGAGCGUCUGUUUCCUAAGCAGAAGGUCGUAGGUUCGACCCCUACCUGGCGCGGUUAUUACUCCCUUUAUUUUGUUUAGUUGUAAUUUUUGUACCUGUUAUCCUACUCCCCCCUUACUUCCUUUCUACCUUGCAAACUAAUUUCAUCCUAAUGAGUUACUCACAACUCCUGUGCUUUUCUACCUAUAUUUAUCAUAUUCUCUCACAUCUAUAAUUGCACCUAUCUUUGAGUGAUUAUUAUUAUCAUCUACUAUCUAACUAAUUCACUUAUAAGAAUACAUCUUUGAGACUUAACACCUUCUCCUAUCUUUACAUGAUCAACUUCAACCCUUAACUUGAUUCCUUUUCCUCGAGUAUAAAUAAUCCGAGCCAAUAGAGAAACAAAUUAACAAAUCUACAAUUGUGAGUCGAACAAUGUCUCUUAUUGCUGAAGCACCAGAUUUCCUCCAAGUAUUCUCAGAUGGAUCUGUUAAACGUUUUGCUCCUGAAAUUGCCUUAGCCUCACCCGAAUCAUUAGAAAGCUACAAGUCAAAAGACAUAGUCAUUGAACCAUCCAAAUCAAUAACCGGAAGAAUCUUCCUUCCUAACACACCAACAAUAAAUACUUCUAGUCAUAAACUUCCUGUGGUGGUUUAUUUCCAUGGGGGUGGAUUUUGUAUUGGCUCUACAACAUGGCUUAACUACCAUGUGUUUUUAGGAGACUUUGCUUCGUCUGCAGAAGCUAUUGUUUUGUCUAUUGACUAUCGACUUGCUCCUGAGAAUCGACUCCCAAUAGCUUACUCCGAUGGUUGUAGUUCCCUCGAGUGGCUUAUAAGGAGCUGCUACACUGAACCAUGGCUUGAACGAGCUGACCUUACGCGUGUUUUUCUUUCAGGGGAUAGCGCGGGAGGGAAUAUUGCUCAUAAUGUUGCCAUGAUAGCUCAUGAGAAUGAAGAUCAUGACUUCAAAAGCAUUCAAAUUAAAGGGAUCUUAUUGAUUCACCCUUUCUUUGGUAGUGAGGAGAGGACUCCUCAAGAAUUGGUAAAUGAGAGUGGUAUAGAAGUCCAAAUGAAUGAUAUGUUUUGGAAGUUAAGUAUUCCUCAAGGAUCAAAUCGUGAUUAUUUUGGGUGUAAUUUUGAGAAGGUUAGUUUUGAUGAAUGGAGCUUAUUUCCAAGGGUGUUGGUUCAUGUGGCUGGACUAGAUUUUUUAAAGGAAAGAGGAGUAAUGUAUGUUGAAUAUCUUAAGAGAAAAGGGGUUAAAGAUGUGAGUUUGAUUGAAGCUAAAGAUGAAGGUCAUAUAUAUCAUGUUUAUCAUCCUAAAUCAGAAUCCACAACUUUACUUCGACUUCAAAUGGCUGAGUUUAUCAACAUUUUUAGCAACUUGUGAUAGUAAUUUUUGGCAAUCUAUGCCAAAGUCUUACAAUGCCAUAAUAAAUUGCAAUUGUUAUUGUAGGCCAAUAUGAUGAUCUUCUCCACAAAUAACUUAAGGGCUGUAGCUUUUAAUGGAUCGAAUAAGUAUAGUGUGGAGUAAGCAUGUUGUAUUUUUAGUCAAGAAGUGUAAGU